AUGAGGGAUACAGAUUUUGAUAGAACUUCUUUGAAGAAGAUGAAGAUGGCUGGAAGGGAGGGCAAUGUGGGACUUCCAGCUGAUUGGGUGCAAGUUGCAAGAGAGGCCGAAGAGGAAGAAGCUAGAGGAGGUGGGGAUGAGGAUGAUGAUGAUGAUGAGAAUGACAGUUCUUGUUACACCUAUACCCCAACCACACUAAUAGAACAACACCUUGAUGAGUUAUGUAUGAUAGUUAUAUGCCAAAGAAUGCUACUCGAUCGUUACAUAACUGCCUUGGGGGUGCCUGGGAGUUUCGAUCUGACUUUCCAUGAGUGCAAGGCGAGUACAGAAGAAAAUGUUGACAAGAAUCCUGUCCUUACACCUCCGAUAUCGUUAGAUGGCGGAAUGAAUGUUGAUCUAAGCACAAAGGAUCAUCUCCAGCGAGCCUUGAGCGUCUUCAAAAACGUACGGCCUGGAUCUGAUCUCACUCGUUUCCAGCUGCCACCUCACUUCAACCUUCCGAAAUCACUUCUCCAGUUAAUUGGAGAAUCUGUGUACUGCAUUAGUGAUGAUCUGUUGAGCAGGUGCGCUAAUGGUAAGAGCUCACUUGAUAGAAUUAUGGGUGUUGUUGCUUGGAGCAUAUCAACUACACGGCCUCCCCUUGCUGGUGUUGCUCCCUUCAAUCCCAUUCUUGGAGAAACCCACCAUGUCUCAAGGGGAACCCUCAAUGUUCUACUUGAGCAGGUUUCACAUCACCCACCAGUGACAGCACUUCAUGCAACCGAUGAGAAGGAAAAGUUGGAGAUGCUUUGGUGCCAACAUCCUGCCCCAAAAUUUCAUGGUACAACAGUAGAAGCUACAUUGCAUGGGAAGAGGCAAUUGAAGCUGUUGAAUCAUGGUGAGAAUUAUGUGAUGAACUCUCCUAAGCUGGUGAUUAGAUUCUUUCCAAAACAUUGCACGGAUUGGGUUGGUGACAUUACAAUCCAAUGUGAAGAGUCAGGGCUUGGAGCCGAACUGUGUUAUAGAAGUAAUCCGGGAAAGGAAAGAUCUGUUAAGGGGAGGAUAUUUGAUUUUUCAUCAACAACUAAGAGUAUCACUCUCUAUGAGAUCAAAGGUCACUGGGACAGCACUGUAACAGCGAAGGACGUGAACAAAGGGACAGUUACAGUUAUAUACAAUGCGAAAGAAGCAAUUUCAAAACUGAAAAUUCCUGUUGUCAACAAUUCCAAGGAAUUACAGCCAAGUGAAUCAGUUCUUGUCUGGAGUGAAGUGAGCCAAAGCAUAUUGAACAAAGAAUGGGAGAAAGCAAAAGAAGCAAAGAUUAUUAUUGAGAAUAAGCAGAGAGAGCUGUCAAGAGAAAGAGAGUCCAGAGGGGAAGCUUGGGUUCCUCAAUUUUUUAAUCUGUCUCAUACUGAAGCGGGUGGAUGGGAUUGCUCUCCUAAGAAAAAUUUGGUUUCGUCAGCUCCGAUUGUUGUCCCUCUUUGAUCAACUUAGUGGUAUUACUUCUAAGUUGGCAACU